AGCUAUCGCAACGAUGGAGAUGACGCAAACCGACCCAGCUCUCCGAAAAAGUGUUUCAAGACGAACAUGGCGGCAACUUAACCGCGGUCCAAGAUGACAAUGGCCAACGGGAGAAAGGAUUGCAGGCUUCCCACCCGGGUACCGGACAGUGUGCGCGCACCGAACGGGCUCGCCGCUCUCCUUUAAGCGAAUCCGCACAACCGAACCGGCGGCAGACGCGCAGCAUCAGCACCGAGAGGCUCGCAACAGCUGGUCUCCCUGCGUGCCCCCCGACGACGGAACAAACCCGGGUAGGGACUGUCGGGAGAGGGGGGGGCAUGCGGUCAAAGAGGGCGCCGUUUCCCCCCAGAGGAGCCAUGGAGAACCAGGAUGCGGCAGCGCGAGGCUUAAUCCGUGCGGGCGCGCUAAUUGGAUCGGAGUAGCGGCGCCGAGCGCUGCGGGCGCGAGAGAGGAGCGCCCUGGACCGGCGCAGGCACGGCGACCCACCGCUAAACGGAGGAGAACAAACCGGAGUCCGUCUCCCCCCCCCAAGUCAAUGAGUAUUGUGGCAGAGCAGCCCCCGCGGUGGAGUCGGCCAGGGCAGCACUUUCCUAAAAUAUGACCAGGGGCGCUUGGAUGCGUCGGCAGCACGAUGAGGGCUUAAAAUACUGGUUCGCACCCCGAGAGAACGAGAAGCCGUUCGCCGAGUCGGAGCGGGCCCAGAGAUGGCGACUGUCGCUGGCCUCUCUGCUGUUCAUCACCGUCCUGCUGUCUGAUCACUUGUGGUUCUGCGCCGAGGCGAAGCUGACGCGAACCCGGGACAAGCGGUCGGACAGGGGGCUCGCUUUUACGGACACGGGCGAGUACCCCAACUCCCUCCAGCGACAGCGCAGACCGCCGCCACCAGACCCCCGCCGUCUCGCCACAAAGCAAGAUGUUAUUUUUCUAGAGAAUUCUACCAGACCUCUGUGGCGAAUGGACACCUGUCAUCCAGACAGCCUGUCCAAGGACUGCUUUACUUUCACGGACGCGCGCAGCGUGUGCCUGGGCCUCUCCGGCGGAGGGGACGGGGGGACGCGGCCGGCGUACGUCAACCUGAGCGAUUUGUACCUUUCUUUUUGUAAUUCCUACUCACUUUUGGAUUUGUUUUACGGGUUUACGAGCCCGGACGAUUUGAAUUGCACCCUGGAUAUGGCCAUGGGGGUGGACCUGCCGGGAUGCAGCGAGUGCGUUCGGGCUUAUCAGCUGCUCGACCGGCGGGCGGAGGACAACUACCGGGAGUUUGAACUGCUGGUUCAGAAAUACGAGACGGAUGCCUACUCGGUUAGGACGUGCAUGGAGGAAUGCAAGAUGGUUUAUAAGCCCUGGCUGUGUUCUCAGUACUUCCAGACCACCCAAAUGCACUGCAGUAAGCGAAUCCCCUGCGGUCAGUACUGCCUGGAGGUGCAGCAGCGGUGCCCCUUCGUCCUGCCCGACAAUGACGAUCUCAUUCAUGGAGGCAGCCCCAGUUUUAUAUGUACAGGGCUGCUGGAGGACUAUCCGUCAGGUGUUGACCCAGAUGCAGAGUGCUGUGACGUGCGGUGGGACUUGAAAGUGGACAACCGUUCCCGGGGGACCUUGAAAAGAACUCACCCGCCGUGCCAGCACCGUACCUCCCUCAGCUCCUCGGCAGCCUGCAGACUGUGUAACAGCCGGCUCAAACUCUGCCUGCUGGUCCUCGUCCUCCUUCAUACUGUUGCCAGCCUCACUGCAUCCCACAAUGCAACAGGACUGGUCCUCCCCGCCAUCGCGCCUCUGGAGGAGAGCCCCGCCAACGAGGAGUGAUGGAGCUGCCAGGAGGAGGUGAGGUCGUUGGGGUGGGGGAUUCCCUCACCAUGGCAACCGAUGUGGAAUGAUACAGCCACAGUUUUUUCCGACAGCGGGAGCUGUGUGCCUGCGGACAUUCUGCAACACAUAGAUGGAAUGUGUGGGACGCUUUGAGACGGAGGGAAUAAAUCAAUCAAGACAAAUAAAUAAAUGAACAAACAAACAGACAUACUGCUCAACCAGUCCCUUAGAUAGAAAGGGGACAAUGCCACAGCCUUUGUUGAGUGGAAAGGUCGGCUUCCCCAUGGCUGAUUUUCUCUCACUACGCUUUUUUACACUGUGUUCCAAUUAAUGGUUUCUGUUGCACUGGCUGACUAUGGAAUAACACAAUCAUAUUCUCUUUCUAACGUUCAUCCUUUGUGUUUGUUUCCGCUUCUCUCAUACAGGAAGAAAAUGCGUUUGCUAAUUCAGACAGAUAAUGUGUAAAAAAAAUUGCUGCAAGUUUGUGUGUGUGUGUGUACAAGAUGUUUUCUUUCUUUCUUUUUUUGGGGGGGGGAUUUACUGUAUGUGUGCGAGCGUGCUCGGGUGUGUGCUUGCAUGCGUGUCUUUAAACAUGUGUAUGUGUGUGUAUGAGAGGAUGAGAGUCUGUUGCUGACAUGUACCAUAAAAGUCUAGUUAACCGGAAGGUGCAGCAAUGAUGUUUUUAUGGACCCCCCCUCCGCCCCCCAGAUGUCACUUAGCUCUGUCCUGUUGUGGCCACACUCCCAUUGGAACUGCACUGGGUUUUGAAUGUGGUUCUGUUAUCCACAACUGACACUGAGUUUAACACAAGUUCAGUGUUUUCGCAACACUUUGUUUUGUGAGAUAAUUUAUCAACUCUGUAAUGAAGGAUCAAAACAUGUUGUGUAAUUCGCUUCAAUAAAAGGUUUUCAUCUGGCUAAUCUGUGAAACACAACAGGAACAAACAGGAAGCAUUCCUCCAAUAUCACUAUGGGUAUGUCAAUUUUAUUACAGCUUAGGACCUCUUUUAAUAGUUUGGACCAUCAAAUCUUUUGCGGAGGGAGAAGGAAGAAGGAGAGUAAACUGAUAUAGCAGAUUGAAUAAAGGCAGUUUUCUGUGCAAUGCGGAAUUAUUAUCAACAUGUUUAGUACACACGCAAUGAUUUAGAUCACCUGGAUGGCUAAAAAUGCUUAUAUUAUAUAUAUUCAAUGUUACUAUACGCAAUCAAACUGAUGGCCAAAACUAUAAAACUAAGGAACAAUGUGUAUUAAAACAGAAUGGCCAAACCAAACCCAAAACGUAUCCUUGAGCUGAGUAAGAUGAACAAAAUAUUAUCGAGAUAAUGAUACAUGUCACGUAAAACAUUUUCCAUUUUUAAAUACAACAUUUUUCUUUAGCAGCCAUCUACCUUUUUGAUUAUUGGCUUGUAAUAAUAACAAUACAAUAUUAUACCUGGAAUAGCUGCCAGGCAGUAGCAUGAACAUUUUGCAAUCAAUCUCCUGUUGCCCUCCCAGCCACACGUUAGCAUUUAGCUUAGUUAAUCACUGCACAGGACGUUAAGGAAAGCACAGAUGGUUUUAUCUCAUAGAACAAAACAUGAAACUGUGUUAGGCUUGUCUUAAAGACAAUAUUUCAGGCGGAACCCUUUAAAGAUUGUGGCCACAUUUUAGCAACAUUGCUCAUCAAAGCUAACUGACAUCAGGAUUGUUGCACUGGAUCAAUAUGUGUUUUUCGUCUUUUGUUAUCUUAAAUUGUAAAGGGACUAUCCAGUCAGAAUUAAGGUACUUUGAUUGGUUCCUUUAUCUCCUCUGCCUCAAGGACCCUUGGUUCUUUUCUCUCUCCUUGCUGUUGAAGUAUAAAUCAUUUUAUACUCUCAUCACUUCUUGAAAAGAAAAAAUCAAGUCAAGAGUUUCCCCCUAACCGAUACUGACAUCUUUAUCAGUAGAGUCAUUUAAACCUCAGGCCUUUUUACUCACAGGAAACAGGAUGGCUGGAUGUCCCCUUUAAGGACUGUUACGGAUUUUAAGUUGGAAAGUUUGCAUUUACUCGCUGUAGGAGCGUGAAGGAAAAUCCCCAGUCUACCAAUGAGGUGACACAAUGACACCGCUCCCCGGCGGCACGCAGAGAAGGCACCGCUACACAUGCUCCGCUACACGGAGACAAUUUGUUCUAAUGUCGCUUUGUUUCUAUUAAAUCAAUGUGUAAUCCAUUUUCAUUUGCUGCAUGUGGAGGCUCUCUUUCAAGGUUAGGACAGCCUCGGUGGUUAAUUGUCCUCAGCGCCGCUCCACAUUCCACUGAUCCCAAUUCAGCUCCAGUAGCAUGCCCCCCCCCGGCCCCCCCUUGUCUCGUACCUUUCUCCUCAAGGCAUCAGACUGAUGUCUCAUUAAGUAAAGGGCUUAUUAAGAUAUACGGUACAAACAUCAUCAUCGACACAGUCAGACACAGUCUUUACAACACGCACAUCCAAAUGGUUGGGCGACAGUUCAAGGCUACGAGAAACUAACCCACAGAGAAGAUCGCCUCACGGUUUUUGAAGGCACUAAUGGCAUAAUCUGAGAAUUGUCCGAGUCACCUGACACUCAUGUUUAUUUUGUAUUUGUGGACCAGUGAACAGAAUAGAAUGGUGUGACCUUAAGGGCUGACUUCUUCUUUGGUUUCUACAUUGUCUUUUGUCUAUUUGAUGCAACAGGCUGUGAGAUCAGGUAUUUGUAGAUGAACAGAUGUUGUUGAAUGCAUUUCUUUCCCUCUAUCCAGUGUGUUGAUUACUUAAAUGAUAUGUCCAGUAAGAUAUCUGAUGUCAAGAAUUUUAUUAUACAGCUUAUAUGAGGAUAUUAAAAUGCAUCUUUAUUCACACCAUGUCUAUACAACCCAACCAGGGGAUUGGCUCAUUUUGACACAUAUUCUGUUUUGUACUUGCUCCACUGUAGACACGAAGGUUUCUGCUUGCAUGAAAUACAUAAUUAUUCCUUGUCUUGCACAUUGCACCCAUGCCCAUCUCGGAUGACCGCAGUCAGUAAUAGAAAAAUGCUGCUAUUCUAUUGGCCGCCAGUAGAUAGAGAUAUUCAUAUUCUUUUAUAUCUAUCACACAAAGACUCUCCCACGACGAGUUAGGAAGGCUGAGCUCUGAAGAAGAAAGUUAUAGGCCUGUGAGCACAGGUGUGUGCAGAUGAGUGUGUGUGUGUGUGUGUGUGUGUGUGUGUGUGUGUGUGUGUGUUCAUAUCUGUUUCUCAUUUGCUACGUUCUCUGGAGAGCUCAUUAGUGUUGCUACGACCUUGGGGCCUGCAGGACAGGUAUGGCGGGCCACUGUUUUUAGACCCACAGGGACCUCCUACAUUAGUUGUCUCAUUAUUCACCGCGGCCCCAUAGCUGCAUGGACUGUAGUAUAAAACCAUUGUACUGUACAAUGUGUAACAACUGUGUCAUACCCCCAAGACCCAAAACAAUGUAGGGCCGGGGUGGAUCUAUUUUUUCCCUACACUUGAUACAAUAUUCCCUCAAACGCUAUCUGACAUUAGAUGGUGCAUGGUAGGUAGGUAAGGAUGUGUAAGGAAUGUAGGUGGACAACAAGCUAAAACUGGUGCCAAAGCAUACCAGGUAUAAUAAGUAAAAUAAACCCAAUUCAAUUAUAAUAUGACGCGCUGUUUUUUAUGAUCGGGCGUAUUGGGGCAACAGGAGGAAACGGGGAAGGUCAGUGACGGAGAAACGUGCCAUGUCAGCGACAUACAGAUUCCAUCCCAUAAGCCUCACACGUGUUGGUCCAGGGCAUCUCUUUAAGACAAACAUUGAUUCUGCCUCCCACGUCAGCAGUCCGUGCUGUAAUGUUACAGCCAUCCCCAUAGCGACCCUUCGUUAUGCACAACAAACCAUGUCUGCUCCACCUGCAGGGAUGCAUCCUCACUGAGGUUGCAUGGGUGCGAAUGCCGUGCAUGUGUGUUGUCCUUCAUGCGGCUGCAGACACGUCAACACCACUGACACAUCCUUCUGUGCAAGGUUUCUUCCAGACUGUAAUAGAAUUGGAUUUUUACAGAUGUAAAUGACUGAUUUGAUGUUUGGCGGCAAUGCAGCAAUGCACCCAACAGGUAACUCUGGGUGUCACUUUUUACUGCAACAAAGAUGGAAAAAAUUGUGAUGAACACACCAACCUACACAAACUAAUGUCAUGUUUACCCCCUACACAAGCAGACUAUAUGCCCGUUGCCCUUCACCCCCAGUCGACCGAAUGGUACGCAAUCAGAUAUGACCCUCUUUAACGCCCUCUCACCCUCUCUGUGUUUUCACAAUAGUUCCGUUCUCCAUCCUGUGGAUCUAUGCAGAAGCCCAUUUUUGGUUGUAAAUACGUUCCCUAGUAUGCUGAACAAUGUAUGUCUUUGCGUCCAGGUUUCCUUGUGUAUUUUAAGUUGAUGUCAUGCUGUUACUUUCUUCUUCUUCUUCUUCUUCUAAUUAUUUUAAUUUCAUUUUGAGUGUCUGAAAUCCUUGAUGUUAAAAGAGAAUGUGGUGAGGUUUAACCAAUAGACUCGUCCUCAACUUCACAACCUUAUUAUGAAAGUUUGAGGUUCUGUGUGUGUGAAAGGGAAAGAUUUAUGAUUAUAGAGAGGAAAAAGGUUCAAAGUCAUAUAGAAGUAUCAUUGCGAUUAUGAUUAUUAUGAUUACUAUUAUACUACCAGUAUAUUGUAAUAUUCUAGAUGCUUUAGUUCAAGUAACUUCUUUAAUUUUUUUACAAACAACUUUGAUGAAAUGAUUUAUAAAACAGUCUCACAAGUCAUGAUCUUUUCGAAAAGUAUGAAAAAUAAUGCUACAAUGAUUACAAAAGUGUUCUGAUGAAAAUAAAUACAGACAUAUAAUCUGUU